CAGAGCACAAAGCCUCGAACGCUGUAAACGAAACCAGUCGCGGCACAGCAAGAAUCAUGUCUGCACUGACACUCAGCUUGAGCAUCGUACUAUGUUUCGUUCUCGUUGUGAACAUAGAAUGUGCUGUGAUAAAAAUGCAAGAGAUACCCUUAAAUAAGGAUGUCGUCAUGAAAAUAGUGGUUAAAGAAGACAGCCAAGGCGACUCCGUUGCCAUGAUCAAAAUCUCAACAGAUCAUAAGAAAGCGAAUGACAAAGAACUAUUGCCUAAGAUUCACGAGAAAUCCUUGAUGCCGGCAAGUGAUUUUGUUCCUGCUUUGAAUGACAGACACGGGAUCGUUAAUGGCAAUUGUCCUUUCGGUAAGGUCAGACGAGGACCGAUUUGUACAUACUCGGUCGCUGAUACGGAGCACAAAGCCUCGAACGCUGUAAACGAAACCAGUCGCGGCACAGCAAGAAUCAUGUCUGCACUGACACUCAGCUUGAGCAUCGUACUAUGUCUAGUUCUCGUUGUGAACAUAGAAUGUGCUGUGAUAAAAAUGCAAGAGAUACGAUUAAAUAAGGAUGUCGUCAUGAAAAUAGUGGUAAAAGAAGACAGCGAUGGUGACUUAGCCAUGAUUAAAAUCUCAACGGAUCACAAGAAAACGGAAGAUAAACCAGUGCCUAAGCUUGAGAAAUUUGUGAUGCCAGCCAGCGAUGUUGUGCCUGUUUUGGGUACCAGGCUCGGCAUUUUAAAUGGAAACUGUCCUCUAGGUAAAGUUAGACGUGGACCGAUUUGUACAUAAAAUGAGAGAAAUAUAUCCAAAACAAAACUUUUGGGAAGUUGAAGGAACAAGGAAGUUGUUCGUCGGAGCUGUGAUGUACCUAAGUAAUUACUAAUUGUUA